ACAUUCUCGCACCAACCAUAAUUGAGAGCUCGCGCUUUUGUCAUUCAGAUAUACACACAGCUCACGUUACCUUUGAAUAACGAUUGAGUAAAACAUUGUUUUUACAGGACAAAAAAAUUGAAUUAAUUUGUCAAAAAUUGACUUCGUUUGUUUUAGCAGGAAAGGUGGGAGCGAACCGACGGUCUAAAAACCACUUUUAUUGUUCUGCUGCUUUGUUCACGUUGGGAAAAAUGCUGCGAAAUUAUUUUCGCCUUGGACGUGCAUCAAGCAAUAAGUGUUAAGAGUAGAUCCUUCAAGCUUUGACGUCAAGAAUGGACGGAAAGGAAAAUCCAGCAUUCGACAUAGAGACGCCGCCACUUGAACCAGUUUUUACUAUUGAGGAUUCAAAGGGAGAGUACCUCAACGGAAAUAAUUUCAAUAAUGGUGGGCAACUCAAUCAACUCGACGAAUCGGCGCAACAGAAGCCAAAGAAAAAGAUCAAAAUCCCAAAAAGUGUGGUCGACACGUGGACGAGAGUUCGGCGCGUGCUGACCAACAAGCGAGUGGCGCACAUGUUGAUCGUUCUGUACUUCACGGGGGCUCUGAUCUACUGGUUCGCCAUAAACACAAGCGCACGCCAGUGGAUAAUUUGCCAAGACGAGGGUUUGCUUUUGGUGCUCCUCUUUUUCUAUCUCAUCUACGUGAUUUGCUACUUUGGCCACUACGUCGGGAAAAUCAGCAUGCUUAUUAGACCGAUUUAUAGACUGUCUAUCAAAACAAUUGGUCCUCUAAUGACGAAGAUUUUGAUUUACGGACUACAAGUGGGCGCACUUACUGCUUAUUUGAUAUGGGAUAUUUGGGAUGAUUUUUCGCGCUGGAGAUCGAUUAUUGGGGUGUUCAAGAACCUCUUCGUCCUGUGGUUGUUUUCCUCUUACAAAAGAAAGAUUAAAAUUGAGGUGCCUCUUCGAUCGCUGCUGUUGCAGUUUUACAUUUGUCUGAUCAUGUUACGGAUUCCGUUUGUGAACGAUUUCAUCACCUGCAUCACAAGCAAAUUCACUGCCUUUUUGAAUUUUUCCAAAGGCGGAGGGUCAAUGGUUUUCGGAGAGGAGCUUGCAAAUUCAGUUUUUGCAUUUUUGGUGAUGCCUGUGAUCUUGUUUUUGAGUUUCGUCGUCGCGAUUCUGAACCACCUCAACAUUCUACCUCGGUUCAUUUCUAGCCUCGGCAGAGCGCUGCUCUGGGUUUUGGGCACCCAAUCCGAAGUCGAGGCUUUCACGUCAGCCUCGAGCAUUUUCCUCGGACAGACAGAGUCCCCGAUUUUGAUUCAACAUUACCUGCCCAAAAUGACAAGGUCGGAAAUAUUCACCGUCAUGGUUAGCGGAUUAUCUACAAUCGCAGGUUCUGUUAUGGCAGCCUAUAUACAAUUUGGGAUCUCGGCCGUACACAUGAUCACAGCUUCGAUCAUGUCUUCGAUCGGCGCAAUAGGACUUUGCAAAUUAUUCAUGCCUGACACGGAACCAUCUGAGACCAAAGAAAUGGAACUAAAAAAGGAUAACAAGGAAAAGGUAAACGUUUUUGACAUAACGUCAAGCAGUGCGAGCAAUGCCUUUGAAAUCAUCAAGUCUAUCGUGGCUUGCUUGAUAAUUUGGCUCUCGGUGAUUCCCUUUGCCAAUUCUGUGAUUGAAACCUUCUUUUAUUUACUGACUGGUAUCUCUGGAGUUACUUUUGAGUACCUGCUUGGAUUACUUUUUACACCCUUUGCCUAUCUAAUGGGCGCCGACUGGGCAGAUUCGCAGAAGGUCGGCAAGUUGGUCGGCAUUAAAAUUGUCAUCAACGAGUUUGUUGCGUACACAGAGUUGAAAGAUCUCGAAGGAAUAAUUUCGGAACGGUCGAUGACGGUUGCAACGUACGCCCUGUGUGGCUUUUCUAAUUUCGGAGCCCUAGCCACACUCGUUUCAACUUUAAAAGUGAUGGCGCCAAGCAAAACAAAGGACUUCACCAAAAACGCAUACUGGGCAUUGCUGGUGGCCAACGUUGUGUGUGACAUGACUGCGUGCAUUGCUGGUGCACUCACGCCAUAAGAAUGGAAGAAUUAAAAACAUUCCUGUUUGAUUUUGUAAAUACUUGAAUUAAAUCAAUUUUUAAUUUUAAAAACA